AUAAUAAAUAAUUUGACAAUCAGAGAAAGUUUCAAGAAAGAAGCUUGGAACACAAGAAAAAGUAACCCCAUGAAUCACUAUAAAGCAAUGCUGUAGUGAACUAGAAGGCCAUCCAUUUCCAGCUCAAGAUAUCUUAAAAUGGGGGAAGUGAAGUUGUUUGGCCUUUGGGCUAGCUCAUAUGUUUACAGAGUCAUUUGGGCACUGAAACUGAAGGGGAUAGAGUACGAAUACAUAGAAGAAGAUCUGUCCAACAAGAGUGAAUUGCUUUUGAAGUAUAACCCAGUUCACAAGAAGGUCCCUGUGCUUGCUCAUGACGGAAAACCAAUUGCGGAGUCGCUCGUUAUCUUGGAAUACAUUGACGAGACAUGGCCGGAGAAUCCAUUGCUACCCAAAGACGCAGAGCAGAGAGCUGCAGCUCGAUUUUGGGCAAAAUUUGCUGAUGAUAAGGCAACAUGUUUUAUGUCAUUCUUCUGUUCCCGUGGUGAAGAACAAGAGAAGGCAAGGAAAGAAUGCUUGGAAAUGCUGAGAAUGGUAGAAGAAUAUGGUGGGCUUGGAGAGAAGAAGUUUUUUGGUGGUGACACAAUUGGAUUGGCUGACUUGGCCUUUGGUGGGGUUGCUUGCUUUUUGGGAGUGAUGGAGGAUAUAGUAGGAGUGAAGUUGGUGGAAGCUCAUACCUUCCCUCGUUUGUAUGCAUGGAUUCACAAUUUCAACCAAGUGGGUGUGAUCAAAGAGAACCUGCCUGAUCGUGAGGAGAUGUUUGUCUUUUUCAAACGCAGGAGAGAAAUUCUUUUGGCAUCUGCAUAAUCUUCACCGUAUUUAUGGGUUGCAUACAUCUAUGUUCUCCUUAAUUAGUCUAUUACUUUGGCUUUUCCCUUUGAAUAAGGACUCCCCAUAUAUUUAGUGUAUUUGAGGUUUCAUUUUGAAUAAGAGAUGUAAUUGUGGCACAUCCCAUUUCUUAUUAGGGUUCUAAACGGUA